UCAGCUUCAGUUCGUUUCAGUUCAGUUCGCAGUCAGUUUGUCAACGGGUCGCAUGCGUGUUCGGAAAAUCGCGCAGAGCUAAUAUUUGUUGGGAAUACAAUAAGCCACAAGAAAUACAAAAAUUUAAAACCCCUCUUAAAGUGCAGUGGUUGUGCAGUGAAAUACCUUUAAGUUUCAACAAAGGAAUAAAAGAAAAAAUUAAAAACAUGACAUCCUACGGUUCAACAGGCUGCCUUUUACUGGGCCUAUUAUCCCUGCUGAUGUUUUUCAAUACAGCAUCUGCCGUGUUGCGCUGUUGGCGUUGCUCGACGGACGUCUCAAACGGAGAAUUCUGCAACGAUCCCUUUUUGCCGGACACCAUUUCUGAGCAGCAGCGCUAUUGGAGCUAUGUGAAUUGCACCUAUUCGGUGGGCGCAAAGUCGGUGAAUGCGCGGCCCGUCUGUAAAAAACUCGUCCAGGAAGUCUAUGGCAAGCGGGUGAUUUCGCGUUCCUGUUUUUACGAGGACAUGGACGAUUCGGCGGACAAGUGCGCCAACGACCAGACCUCGUCCUACAUAAAGACCGUCUACUGCCGCACCUGCACCACCGACGGCUGCAACGGCGGCAGUGGCUCCACCCCGCUGCUCCUGCUCCUGACACUGCCCCUGCUGGUGGCAGCAUUCCGGCACUUGCCGCUAUGCAAAUGAGCAUGCGGCUCCGGCCCGGACUUAAUUACGGGACUGCAAGCUGAAGUUAAAGUGCUGGCCGGGAAUUUCGGUGCUCAGACCGGACCUAACUGAAUUUCUGCAACGAGUUUUUAGUCACUUUGCCCUCACGAAUCCGCACAAAUCACUGGAGACACCGAAUGCACUGGCCAUCGGGUCACCCAUUCGUCACUAUCACACCUCACCCGCCCACGGAAAUCAAGCAAUUACUCGUAAUCACAACUCAAAGCCCAUCAUUCGACACUCGAUCACACUUAACUUUGUUGUAAUUUGUACAUCUUUGUAAUAUCUUUAUUAUUGUACUUGUAAUUGAAAGAACCUUCGGGUGCUGCCUCUACGUAAAUAAAAAAUCGUAAUUAGAUGGUAUAAAA